AUACACUAUUUAAGUGCCAAGGCUACUGAUGAAUUUGAGUUGGCUAGGAAAAAGGUUGCUCGUUUCAUCAAUGCUUCGGAUAGUAAAGAGAUCGUUUUCACUAGGAAUGCAACUGAAGCUAUUAAUCUUGUAGCUUAUUCAUGGGGUCUUUUGAAUCUCAAACCUGGAGACGAGGUUAUUCUUACUGUGGCCGAACAUCAUAGUUGCAUUGUUCCUUGGCAAUUAGUAUCUGAAAAGACUGGAGCAGUUCUUAAGUAUGUGAUGUUGAAUGAAGAUGAAGUCCCAGACAUUGACAAGUUGAGAGAAAUGAUUUCUCCAAAGACAAAGCUUGUCGCUGUUCAUCAUGUUUCAAAUGUCCUUGCAUCUUGUCUUCCCAUUGAAGAGAUUGUGGUCUGUGCACACAACGUUGGAGCGAAAGUUCUUGUGGAUGCUUGUCAAAGUGUUCCUCACAUGGUGGUUGAUGUCCAGAAGUUAAAUGCUGAUUUCCUAGUUGCGUCUUCUCACAAGAUGUGUGGACCUACAGGCAUUGGGUUUUUAUAUGGUAGGAGUGAUCUUCUCCAAUCCAUGCCUCCGUUCUUAGGUGGCGGAGAUAUGAUCUCAGAUGUAUUUCUUGAUCAUUCAACUUAUGCAGAACCUCCAUCCAGAUUUGAAGCUGGAACACCCGCAAUAGGAGAAGCGAUUGCCCUUGGAGCAGCAAUUGAUUAUUUGUCAGAGAUUGGCAUGCCGAAAAUCCAUGAAUAUGAGGUAGAGCUUGGUAAGUAUUUGUACGAGAAACUGUCUUCCCUUCCUGAUGUCCGGAUAUAUGGCCCCAGACCUUCUGAAAGUGUUCACAGGGGUGCUCUUUCUUCCUUUAAUGUGGAGGGAUUGCACCCAACUGAUUUGGCAACCUUUCUUGAUCAACAGCAUGGAGUUGCGAUAAGGUCAGGACACCACUGCGCACAGCCACUCCACCGGUAUCUUGGAGUAAAUGCAAGUGCCCGCGCCAGCCUCUACUUUUAUAACACGAAGGAGGACGUUGACUCCUUUGUCGUUGCGCUUGCAGACACCGUGAGCUUCUUCAAUUCUUUCAAAUAAGUGGAAUAACAACACCUUUCUGCUGAAUCUCUCGGCUGGUUGUAUGUUAUAUUUGCCUCCAAAGGCUAUUUAUUAAAAUCUGUUACAUAUAUAAUCAAUGGGAGUAGAUGUUGAUUCUUCAACUCCCCAAGGGCCCAUUGUGUUGUAAUUUAGACUUUGUGUAUUGGCAGUAAGUCACGGACAGUUUUCAGGAUUCUCCUUGAUCAUCAUAAUUUAAAAAACCA